UUUUUUCUCUCAACGUGUUGGCAGAAAAUUUGUGGAUUUAACGGGGAAUUUUUUUCUUUUUAUUGUUAAUAACGCAACCAAACCGAGCAAGGGGACAACCGCUGGUUUACCGAGUUGGAGUUUAUAGGAAGAUUUUCUCAACUGUGUGGUUUUCUUCUCACACCCAGGACCGGAAAAGAGCAUUUUACUCCUCCAGACAGCUGGCUUGCGGCCCCCCCGCACCGAUUUGCGCUUGAAGUUGAGUGAGCCAGCUGAGAUGAGCGGUCCGGAGGUGGCUAAGACACCAGGAGGCGGAGCUCCAGAAAAGGAAGGGAAAGAGCCGGUUGCCAAUGGCCACGCGGGAGAAAACAAUGACGCCAACCCGUUUGCUGAAUACAUGUGGAUGGAGAAUGAGGAGGAGUAUAACAGACAGGUAGAGGAGGAGCUGUUGGAGCAGGAAUUCUUGGAGCGCUGCUUCCAGGAAAUGCUGGAGGAGGAGGACCAGGAUUGGUUCAUCCCUUCGCGCGACCUCAACAACCAGGGGGUGGGGCAGCUGCAGCAGCAGCUCAACGGCCUGUCGGUCAGCGAUCACCACAACAACCUGGAGGAAGUGGCGAGGAAGAGCAUCUUGAAUCCUGAAGCAAAGGAGUUUGUCCCGGGGAAGAAAUACUAGGAGUCCCCCUCACCCCCAUGGAGCCUCAGCACGCACGCACACACAUGCAUACACAAACACACACAGACACAUGCACCAGUCCUCUCAUUUUCUCAGAGACUCUGGCGGCCACGGCCGCACACACACUGAUCCUACACGCAAGCAUGCACACGCACACGAAGUCAGUGGCGUGCUGCCUGGCCCGAUUGGGGGGUGGGGGGUUUUCUUUUUCUUUUUUUUUUUCUUCAAUCUUUUUAUUUCCUGUUUGUUUCUUGUAAACUGAGGGACAUUGGGGAUGGGUGGGAGAGGGGGUGUAGUACCAGCUCUGCCCUUCUGUGGGCGCUAGCUCAUCAUUGCAUUUCACACGAUGCUGUUGAUGUUUACAGAGCAUGCAGAUCUCAGCAAGUCCCUUGAAAAAUAGGCAGCUACUUGGGAGUGAUGCCAAGACAAAGUCUAAAUUCCAAAAGUUUAGUCUUUUUUUGUUUCACAGUGUUAAUUUGUGUGUAAUUGGGUGAAAAACAAAAAAAACAAAACACAUUUCCAGCAGGUUGAAGGUUACUAUGUUGCUGAGGUCAGAAGGAUUAACAUUUCAGGGGACUGCAGCGAGCUUCUGCCGUUGCUCUGUAAAGCCAUCACAGUAACCCGGUAACAUUUGCUCCUAUGAUGUCAAAAGCUUCCUGUGACAUCACCGCUCAUGUGUAUCUAAGCGAUGGAUGGUUAUUUGUAUCUGCAGCGGCUCUGUUCCAAACCACGUGCAAACCCCUCAGCCCUCUCUCCCUGCCGGUUGAAUUGAUCUGAACGCUCAUGGACGAGUGGCAUCAAGGAGAAGAACUUGUUUUCCCAAUUUGUGUUGACAUCCAUGCUUAUUUUUCAUCAAGUAUCCCAAUCAUGAGCGUAAAUAAAGGAGUUGAAUAAAAUUGUGAGAACAUCAAA